CUUCUUUCUCUCUGUCUCUUAAACUAUGGCUCCUGUUUCCUUACCGCCUGGUUUUCGUUUCCACCCAACAGACGAAGAGCUCAUUGUUUAUUACCUCAAGAGGAAGAUUAAUGGCCGCCAGAUUGAAUUGGAAGUCAUCCCUGAAGUCGAUCUUUACAAGUGUGAGCCCUGGGAUUUACCAGGGAAAUCAUUGUUACCUAGCAAGGAUCUAGAAUGGUACUUUUUUAGUCCUCGAGAUCGCAAGUACCCGAAUGGAUCAAGGACCAAUAGAGCAACAAAAUCUGGGUAUUGGAAAGCCACAGGGAAAGACAGGAAAGUGAACUCAAAUACGCGUGCUGUAGGGAUGAAGAAAACCCUCGUUUACCAUCGAGGGAGAGCUCCCCAUGGUUCUCGAACAGACUGGGUCAUGCAUGAAUACCGUCUCGAUGACAGCGAAUGUGAAUCUGCCUCCGCAGGCUUGAAUGAUGCUUAUGCUCUUUGCCGUGUGUUUAAGAAAAGCGCAACGACUACCCCCAAGAUUACUAGUGAACAUUCUAAUUCCAGCAUUGAUUUAUAUUCCGAAGACCGAUGCGAAGAGAGUUCGGAUUUUGCGAGAGCUGUCAACGGUUGUCGUUCAUCCAGUAUUCUCAGUAGAUCUUUCAUUGAUGAUGUUUCUGAUGCAAGAGAUGUUAAAUGGAUGCAAUGCUUAUCGGAAGAUACGUUUGGAUUAAGUAAUCCUUCCCUUUCGACCUAUGCAACUAUACCCUAUGCCCCAUCUAAGGUUGAUGUAGCUCUAGAGUGUGCAAGGUUACAGCAGCAGAUGUCAUUACCAUCUCUAGAAGUUGAAGAUUUCCCUCAAGUUGGUGUCACCAAUUGCAAACUGAUGAUGCGUGAAUCCCGACUUGAAAUCGACAUAUUAGACGAAAUCAUGGCCGUUGCUCAUACUUCUCAGCAACUGAUAAAUCAAGAUGCUUGGGGAAGUAGCUCUGGUAAUCCCCAUGAUUUCACCUUUAUGAAUACCACGGCCGCCACUUCCGUCAAUGAUCAGAUGAUUUUUCCGCAAUACACCGAUAAACCACUGGAAGAAUCGAGUAUUAGGACGACGAUAGUACAGAGAGAUCGAAUGGUCGAAAAUUUGAGAUGGGUGGGAAUGUCAAACAAAGAUUUAGAGCAGUAUUGUUUCAUUCAAGAAAACAAGGUUGUUCCUAUAGAUCAUAUCUCGAGUUUUAUGAGGACUGAAGACAGUGAAGUUCAGGGAGAAAGUGGACUUGAUUACAACAGCAUUGUCUUCAACGAAAUAGGGAUCAAAGAUACCAAAACCGAAGAUAUUUCGCACGGAUUCAUCGACGAUGAACAUUUUUUACAUGAAGGCAACAUCGACGACGAUGAUACAAGAAGCUCAUCGAGCUACGGGGUUGUUGAGGACAUCAAAAUCAAUCAUGGAAUGUUUGUUUCAACUCGGCAAGUAGCCAACACGUUCUUUCACCAGGCACUGCCUUCUCAAACAGUAAAGGUUCACAGGAAUCCAAUUACAGCAACCAGCUUAUUCCAGUUCCACAUGGACAAAUCAGACUCAACUGAGUCAAGCUAUAACAAGGGAAGAUCGUUCUUCACAAAGCUAUAUGCAUUCAGCAAAGGAAAGUGUACGGAAACCCUCAGCUCCAUGAAGUCACGUGCAAGUGGUUUUCUUUGCAUGGCUGUGCUUUUCUUAAUGCAUAGCUUUUAUCUUGAGGUUGAAGAAGGUGGAAUAAGUGAGGAAUUUGUGGACACUGGAUCAAAGGUAAAGGUGGUUUUCAAGUAUUUGUUGGCAAAGGAUAAUGGCAGGUAG